AUGAGCUUUAAAGCACUUAGAGAACCUGAAGCAACUGGAGUCAAUUUGUACCUGGUCAUGCCAUGUAUAGAUAUGACCCUUCAGACAAAUGAAGUUAGAGAGCUCACUCAGCAGUUUCCUGCUGUUGGACCCCUUGCUUUGAUACUGAAGAAGUUUUUGUCAGAUCGUAGUUUGGACCAGUCUUAUUCGGGUGCUUUGAGUUCUUACUGUUUGAACCUGGGUAGCCUUUUGAUGGAUUUUCUCUACUUCUUUGGGCUAGUCGGAGAGUCAAAUGUAUCACUGAACAUCAUAUUUUGUUUUGAUGACUUUAGGAAUGUUUUUGACCCACGUCAAAUGCGUAUUUCAAUUCAAGGAAGUGGAGUUUAUAUGAAUCGAGAAAGAGGGCUCAGCAUUGAUCCAAUUCAUAUCGAUGAUCCUCUCUGUCCAGCUAACAAUGUAGGGAGGAAUUGCUUUCGUAUACACCAGUGCAUUAAGGCUUUUGCUGAUGCUUACUCUGUGCUGGAGAAUGAGAUAUCACAGUUUUCUGGUAAUUGUGCUCCAACUUCAAUGGGAACAUUCAGGCUACUUCCAAAAAAUAUCCCUAGUAUUGUUGAUGAGGAGUGA